CACUGCCCCAGUGAGAACGGCCCCGACGUGGCUCAGUGUUUCUUCUGCUUCAAGGAGCUCGAGGGCUGGGAGCCCGACGACGACCCCCUGGAGGAACACAAGAAACACUCUGCAGGCUGUGCUUUUCUUUCCCUUCAGAAAGAUCCUACUAACCUGAGCCUGCAGGAGUUCCUGAAGCUGGACAAAGAACGAAUGAAAAAUGCAAUUAAAAAAGGAAUUUCUCAGAAGGUGACCGAGGUUGAAGAUGUGGCCAAGAGCGUGCGUCGUGAAAUAGAGAAUGUGGUCUCCUAG